GUGCUUUUUCGGUAAGCAAUGAAUCUCUCUGAUUGAAUUCCCAUUUAAUAUUAAAUGCUGUUUGAUGUUGAAGGUGCCAUUUGCUGAAGGAUUCAUUGAAGAAGACGAUCAAAUGGUUCCUAAAUUGAAGUCUCUCAAACGAUUUGCAGCCAUUCUCUCGGAUUACGGUCCUUUCAAUCUGAAAUUUAUUCUACCCGAGGAAGGACAAUUGGGAGUGCUAACAGCAACUGGUUAUCAUGAUGGCGUUUCGGGUCUAAUGCAAGAAGGUAAGGCUGAUUUGUGCUUCUUGCCAUUACCGUUGGAUACCCAAAAGGCUCCUGGUUAUUUCACUCCAGUCAUAUCAGAAAUGGACUAUUACAUCCUAACGCGUCGUAAUUUGAAUGACCUUACAUCUGCUCUUAUUUCAAGCUUGACUUCAGUCGAAGCGAUUCCAUUAUUAUUGGCUGUUCUGGUCAUAUUAAUAUUGGAAAUAAUUGCUGUUAAACACUUUAAAAUCGACGCAUUGCUUACAGCAACCUUCCGUUCAUUCGGUAUCUCCUUUUUCCAGCAUUCAUCUAACCAUUCAUCAUGGUUUUGCUUGAUUCAAAUACUCAUCCUAAUGUUUCCUGUAUUCAUCUUCAAUUCUGCAUUCAGCACUCAAACGAUUGUAGGAACUUCGGAUUACAAAGUUGAUACAUUGCAAGAUGUUAUUGAACAGGGAAAGAUACCAUGUUUCUUUGAAGGCAUUUCACUGUAUGACUUCUUCAAAGGCAAAGUCAAUAAAGAUUAUGCUGAGAUCUAUGAACGGGCCAUUGCCAAAGGACAUGGUGAACCAAUGCCAUUAGGACCCAUUGCCGAUAAAGGUAGACUAGACAAAAUGGUUACUUUCGUUUCUGGCAUUGGAAGGAAACUGACUCCAUUGUCUGCUGCUGAAUCUAAUUUAAUUGUACCCAAUCAAGUACAAUAUUUCUCAGAAAAGCCUUUUCAUAGAUCAUUACAAGCUAUGCUUUUUAACCAUAAUACUUCCGAAUCCCUCAAAAAAAGGUUUGAUACGCUAUCUCGUCGGAUGAUACAAAGUGGGAGAUCUAAGAAACUAGAAGGCGAUACUUACGUUGACUUCAUUCUUUCCUUUUAUCCUGCAACCUUAUAUGACUUUCACAAGUCUCAAGCUCCGCAGAAAGGUGAUGAUCUCAAUUGGCAACCUGUAAAUUACAGAGGAUUCUAUCAGAUAUUUCGUUUAUUCAUCUUCAUGUUGAUUCUUUCCAUCGUUGCUCUAUUUAUUGAGUUGAUCGUUGCUUUCCUCGCUCGGUCAAAGUGAUAAACAAAUUGAAAGGGGAAAAGUAGAACACUCAUCUGUUUACUGAAGCUGUGUUUGGUUCCUUCAACUGCUAUUCCCUAACGCUAUUUUAAAACUGAAGAUUUACUCAGUUCCAUUUAUUUUCAAAAAGAUCAAUGAAUAGAGCAAUUCCAUGAG